AUGCUUAUACUUAUUGUUGUUCAUCUAUGGAGUUUAUAUGUUAUUCUUCCGACGUCAGUCGUCGGUCAACAACAAUUACCAUCACACACAUUUGACAUCACAAUUGGUGGUGUUUUUACAGAUCGAGACGAGGGUACAGAUAUACAAAGUAUGGAAAGCAUUUUUAAAUAUGCUAUAUUUCAUUAUAAUCGUUUGGCUAAAGAUGCCUAUAAUCUAUCAUUUAAAAUCCGUCUUCAAGAAGAAACAUUAAGUCUUAUUGCAGCUAAUUCAGCUGUUCAAACUGUUCAAGAUGUUUGUUCACUCGUACAUCAACGUCGUGUACAAGGUAUAUUUGGUCCACCUUAUUCCGAAUUAGCCACACUUGUUCAUUCAAUAUGUUACCAUGUUGAUAUACCAUUUAUAAAUGUUUGUUCAUCAUGUUAUGAUGUUGAAAGUUUAGAUGAGGAUAUUGAUAAUGACAAUGAACAUAUGCGACGACGUGAUCGCAUGUCAAUAAAUUUAUAUCCGUCCAAUCAAGAUCUUAACAUAGCAUUUCAUAAUUUAACACAUAAACUACGUUGGCAGAAAUUUCUCAUCAUAUAUGAUAUGGAUUCAGGUUUAACACGUUUACAAAAACUACUUAAUGACCCAGGUAUUAAUCAAACUGAUAUUCUUGUACGACAAUUUACACACUAUAAAGAUCGUAGUGUUCUUAUUGAUGCAAUUGGACGUGACAUAUUUAAUAUUAUAUUAGAUUUAAAUGAUAUUAACACACGUACUAUAUUAAAAAUGGCAUUACAAAUGGGUAUGAUCAACUCAAAUUAUCAUUUCUUAUUAACAACAUUAAAUAUUGAUACAUAUGAUUUAGAAGAUUUUAAAUAUAAUUUCGUUAAUUUAACAUCAUUUCGUUUAUUUAAUCGACAUCAUUCACGUGUACAGAUGGCAAUGGAUUCAUUUUUUACAUUUAAAACUAUGUCAAAUAAUGAAAUUAAUCGGCGAUUAUUCACAACUUCGGCGGCGCUAUGGACUGAUGCAAUACUUGCUUUUGCAUAUGCUUACGAUAAAUUAAUAGCAUCACGUUUGACUCUUGGGAGCGAAAUAGCACGACCUAAUGUGUCAUGUACUGACGAACGUAGUUGGCCAUUAGGCAUUGAACUUCAUUCAAAAUUCAAUGAAAUAUCAUUUGAUGGUAUUACCGGAAAAGUAAAAUUUACAUCCAAUGGUGAACGAACAGGUUUUGAUCUUGAAAUUGUUCAUUUAUCUGAAACUGGUUUAGCAAACAUUGGAGUAUGGUCACGAGAACGUGGUGCGAAUUUUACAUUAGCACCCUCAUCACGUAGUGGCUUAUUUAAUUCAACAUUAAUUGUUACCACUAUUGUUGAAGCUCCUUAUGUCAUGUUUAAAAAUAGUCAAAACUUAAGUGAAGUCUUAAGUCGAAAUUAUACUAAUAAUGAAUUCGAAGGGUUCUGUGUUGAUUUACUUGAUGAACUUUCACGUGCAUUGAAGUUUCGCUAUAAAAUUAAACCUAUUGCAACUGGACGCUAUGAUGACAUGGUUGAAGAAGUUAAAAAUAAAGUCGCUGAUUUAGCUGUCGCACCAUUAACAAUUAAUUAUGCUCGUGAAAAACAAAUUGAUUUUACUAAACCAUUUCUUAGUUUGGGUAUUGCUAUAUUAUUUAAACUACCAAAACCAGAAAAACCAGGUUUAUUCAGUUUUCUCAGUCCAUUAUCACUUGAAAUUUGGAUCUAUACAUUUGCUGCUGUAUUUACAGUUAGUUUUAUUCUUCUAUUAAUCGCACGAUGUUCACCUGAUGAAUGGCGUAAUCCAUAUCCAUGCGAUACAGAAUAUGAUUAUUUAGAAAAUCGUUUUACUGUUAGCAAUACACUUUGGUUUUCAAUUGGCACAUUGAUGCAGCAAGGUUCUGAUGUAAGUCCAUCAGCUAUAUCGACUCGUCUUGUUUCUGGUAUCUGGUGGUUUUUUACAUUAAUUCUUAUAUCAUCGUAUACUGCUAAUUUAGCUGCAUUUUUAACUGUGGAAAAACUUGUUAAUCCAAUAGAAAGUGCAGAAGAUUUAGCUAAACAAUCAAAAAUAAAAUAUGGCGUUGUAAAUGGUGGUUCAACAGAACAAUUUUUUCGAGAAUCAAGUAUUCCGACAUAUCAAACAAUGUGGAAAUAUAUGAAGAAUAAUCCUGAUAUAUUUGUUAAAAAAAAUCAAGAUGGUAUUGAUCGUGUUAAAGCGGAAUCCUAUGCAUUUCUUAUGGAAUCAACAUCAAUUGAAUAUACAGUACAACGCGAAUGUAAUUUGACACAAAUUGGUGGUUUACUUGAUAAUAAAGGCUAUGGAAUUGGAUUACCAGAAGGAAGUCCGUAUCGAGAACGUUUUUCUGAAAUAAUUCUUGAUUUACAAGAAAAAGGAAUUAUUCAAAAAUCUUAUAAUAAAUGGUGGAAGGGUAAAGGUACAUGUUCUUCAGAAAAAAAAGAUUCGAAAGCAAAUCCAUUGGGUGUUACAAAUGUUGGCGGAAUAUUUGUGGUGCUUCUCGGUGGUGUUCUUCUUUCAUUAUUUGUGGCCAUAUUGGAAUUUUUAUGGCAUGCAAGAAAAAAUCAUGCUAAUCGCCGACAUUCUAUAUGGUGGGAAUUACUUAAAGAACUUCGUUUUUCUAUUCAAUGUGGUGCUUCAAAUCGUAAAGCACUAAUAACUCGUCGAUGUUCACAAUGUAUACAUGAUCAACCUGAAGCAGAACCUGUUGCCAUACCUAAUCAACAUCGUCAUCCUUCAUGUAGUCAUCGUUCAUCAUCAGCGUCUAUGAAUUUUACAUCAACAUUACAACCUCCAUUAAGACAUCGAACAACAAUCGAGAGAACAUCAGACUUAGAUAAAUUUGAUACAUUACUUAUGCUUGCAGCUGAACGCACAAGUCGUCUUGAUUCACGUAAUAAACAACAACAACAACAUCAUCAUUCACCAACAUCAUCACAAAAACGAGCUGUUCCAUUAUUAAUUAUUGAACAACAAACAUCCAAUCAUGUUCCACGUAUUCGUGCUUCACAUAAACGAUUUACUAAAAGUGCUGAAUCAUCAGCACGUAGUAGUCUACGAAUUCCUCAUCAUGAAGACGAUAAUGUUAGUCGUAAUAGUACUGAUGCAUCAUCAGGUUCCGUGUCGUCAACGAACCUUCGUCUUCCUUUGCGUGUUUCUCGAUUGUGA